AUGGGACCGUAUACAACGCUGGCCGUUAUCGGACUUUUCUGUCUUCAAGGCAGCCUUGCGGUUGGUAGCGCCGAGAACAACCUUUCAUUCAAGUUGUUCGUGAAGAACAGCAGCGGCGAAAACUCGCACCAGCCGCAGCCGAACUACCGAGACUAUUCUUCGUACCGGUCGCGCAACGCCUACUAUGGAUCCGCGGCCCCGGAGUACUUCCACACCGGCUUCGGCAGUGUGGUUCCGUCUCAGGAGCAGUUUGUGGCGGCCAUCAACAACCGCACUCGCACCUGGAAGGCGGGAGUGAAUGCGCAACCUAGCCAUUCCUACAUGACUGGAGUACUGCCGGAACAGGCGCUGAAAUAUCAGCUUCCGCUGGGCUUCGUGCUGAAGAAGGAGUAUGAACCGCUGCCAGCAUCGUUCGAUGCUCGCCAGAAAUGGACCUACUGCCCGAGCAUGAACGUGGUACGUAACCAGGGAUGCUGUGGUUCGAGCUACGCCGUUUCGGCUGUGUCUGCCAUGACCGACCGUUGGUGUGUGCACUCGGAAGGAAAGGAACAGUUCAACUUCGGUGCGUACGACGUUGUGUCCUGCUGUCACCGUUGCGGCUUUGGAUGCGAGGGAGGAGCGCCGAGUGCGGUCUGGCAGUACUGGGUCGAGAAUGGCAUCACCAGUGGUGGAGCGUACGGUUCGCACGAUGGCUGCCAGUCGUACCCGUUCGAUGUGUGCAAGAAGCAGGUUGACCCAAGUGAGGCUCCGCGUUGUAUGCGCACCUGCCAGCCAGGAUACAACACGACCUACGCGGAAGACAAACACUACGGUCGGGUAGCGUACGCCGUGCCCAAGGACGAGGAGCGCAUCAUGUACGAGCUGUACAACUUUGGCCCGGUGCAGACCUCCUUCACCGUGUUCACCGACUUUUUGCAGUACAAGAGCGGCGUCUACCGCCAUGCGUUCGGUGUGCGCUUCGGCACACAUGCCGUCAAGGUGAUGGGUUGGGGUGAGGAGAACGGAGUCAAGUUCUGGCUGUGUGCGAACUCGUGGGGAGCCGAGUGGGGCGAUGGUGGCUUCUUCAAGUUUGUCCGAGGCGAGGAUCACCUGGGAGUCGAAGCGAACGUCGUCACCGGACUUCCCCUGUUCCGCUAGAAAUCGCUUAUCAAUGAAGGUUGAUGCAAGGAACUACUUUAUAUGUUUAUACAAUAUA